GAACGAUUCGUUCAUGAAUCGGACAUCGCUACUGCUCACCCACAAGAGAAGAAGAGCAGUUUAUAGCAUACUCACAUCAGCGAAAACAACAUCAGUAGUACACAAUUUCAUUUCACCGGUAAAUGCCUGAAGAUUCAACAUGGUUUGCGGAGGAUUUACUUGCUCGAAAAACGCCCUCUGUUCUCUAAAUGUAGUUUAUAUGCUGGUGGGUCUCCUGUUGAUUGUCGUAGCAGCAUGGGGGAAAGGCUUUGGCAUUGUCUCCAGCAUCCACAUCAUCGGUGGCGUGAUUGCCGUGGGCUUCUUUCUGCUACUGAUCUCCAUUGUGGGGCUCAUUGGCGCCGUCCAUCAUCACCAAGUCAUGCUUUUCUUUUACAUGGUCAUUCUCUUCAUUGUCUUCCUCUUCCAGUUUGGAAUUUCCUGUUCUUGCCUGGCCAUGAACCAGGGUCAGCAGGAGAAGCUGCUGAACUCGUCCUGGAAAAUAAUGAGUAACGACACGAGAAUCAGCCUUGAGAACAAAAUGGACUGCUGUGGCCUGUUCAACAAUACUCAGACAGAUUUUGUAUCUGACUUACACCUCUGUGAAGCUCCAUGUGUAAAAAAGAAAUCCUGCCUCACCUGUGGUGAAAAGAUGCUCCAACAUUCAUCAGAAGCUCUGAAGAUUCUGGGAGGAGUCGGCCUCUUUUUCAGCUUUACAGAGAUCUUAGGAGUUUGGCUGGCCAUGCGCUACAGGAACCAAAAGGACCCGAGAGCGAACCCCAGUGCUUUCUUAUAGUCUCUCAGACCGUCUGUCCUAAACUACGUUUAGUGUAGUCCAGCUAUUCCAGUUCCCUUUUGCACAGGUAGAGUGAAGCGCACCAAGAGACAUUUAAAGCGUUAAACACAACCACAGAUCCCAGACACCGCGUUCAGAACACACAAACCAACGCACCACACUGCACAUACAAACACAUUCAUUUUAAUGAUAGAUCUGACCCAUUUUCCACACAAGGUCUGCAGAGGGCUAAUUUAAACCAGCAGGAGGAGGUAUCAUGUAUGAUAGGAUGCUCGUUCUGGCACUUCCCCCCCUAUCCUUGAUGUGAGAAGCUCUUCCUGUUCUGUGUAUGCAAACCGAAAAUCUGCAAUGUAAAAGCCAUCGAUGUCUGCAUGUUCAUAGCCUCAGAAUUGUUUCCUGUGACAUGGUCAGCUCUCUUAUGUACACAUAACCAGGUGUGUAGUGCUGAAAUAGUUUCAGUGUAACAGAAAGUUAUCCCACAUAAACUAUAUUAACGUUUAGUAUCAGUUAAUGAGGUAGUCAGGGUGAAAUUCUGUCACGUAUCUCCCAGAAAUGUCUUGAAUGAGUGCAGACCUGAUAAACACCGGUGUUUUGUGCAAUGCUUUAUGGAAUCCGUCUCAAUGAGGUGACCAGUCCAGCCUAUGGGAUAUUAGUUUAGGAAUUAGAUGUAGAACGUGAAUAUUUAAAAAGAUAAAAAACUUGUGUAACUGAGCCAUGUGAAUGGGAGGAUUUCCCCUGCCGACGGACUGCAGCCCUCCUGUUGUACAUAGUCUUUACCGUGACAGGGUCGAUGUUCACCGCUUUUCCAUCCUUAUUUAAACCACGGAGACCCUACCACCUCAGCCGGGUCUCGCUAUUCUCACUGGACUUUUGAAGUUCUCGAUUUCCUUUUGAAGCUUAGUAUUACUCAAGGAGAUGGUGUUUUAAAAUCUUAUGCAUUGUUUUGUGGAUGUUUGUGUUGAAAUACUCUCGGCGUGCCAUUUAUUUGCAAUCAUGAAUCGCUUCUUUCUAGCUAUUUUAAAGUACUAAUCAGGUCCAUAAUUUUAGCACUGAAUAAUGUGCCAUUUCAGUUAAAUCCUACUUAUUUUGUGUUUUGCCAAAUCUCUCUUGUUUUUGUUUGGUUGCGCUUCAAAUUUUUUCUUGUUUUGUGCUAAAAGUGUUAAGUUGCCAUUCAAGUGUGCGUUUUUUGCAAUGUUGAACAUUGUUAUUGUAGUAGAUAGAUCAUUUGUAAUACUUUACGUGCACGUGCAUAUGUUGAUUCCUUAUGUCUAGUAUGUUCUUGUGUUAAUUUGCUUACUCAUAUUAAUAGAUGAACAUAUUGGCUAAUAUUCAGUCUUAACCACUUUAGUUUCCGCCCCACAUGAUCGAGAAAAUGGGAACACUGAACCAUCACUCAGUACAGCUCAAAUGUGUUCUGCUUCACUUGGUCAUGGUAUUAUGAGUGUUUCACUGAUGGAUUUUGAAGAGGUGAAAUCAAUGUCUGUGCUAUAAUAGUUAUUUAUUGCCAUUGUGAGAAGGCCGCAGUACCCGACUCGGUGAGCUGUAAGCACCAUUUUCCCUGGAUUUGCCUUGUAUUUUUGAAACUGACUUUUCCAAUUAAAUAUUCUUAGAUCAA